AAUAACGAGAGAGUCGCAACUCUUAAUUAGCUAUUCCACGGGUCCCGGCCCGACCUUGACAUUUGGCUAAGUUCGCUCGACCCGCUCGUGAUCACCCUUCAGCGGCAUCCUCCUCCUCCCUAUUUCCUUCAGCUUUCCCGACAAGGCGCAUGGAUUUCGAUUGUAGUGACGCGGUUCCUUGCGCUUUACAGCCCCACCCGGUGUAUCACUGCGCAGCAGCACCCCCCCCCCCUCCUCCUCCCAUCCUCCAUGCCCUUUCUGCCUGUGCUCUAUUCCACAAAAACCCAUACACAGGACCGCAAGUCAAUUGGCUACCGUUACACCGCGAUAAAUACAAACUGUCGUAAAAAUUUUUAUCCGUGAGAGACGCGUCGCGAGCGAGCGAGCGAGCGGUUUGAAUGUGUCGCCCAACUGAGCUGCGUGGCUGCUCCUGCCGCUACUGCCGCUACUGCUGCCGCCGCUGCUGCUGAGAUCGGGGAGUUGGGAGUCGCCAGCUCCCGGCGAGAGUGACGAGUGCGAGCAGCUCCCCUCAGCCCUCGCCUCUCUGCCUCCCUCUCUUCCCUCUCGGCCGAGGAGCGCCUCUCUUUCAAGUAGACGUUACAGAGAGAUCCUCCUCCUCCUCCUCCUAGAACACAAAACAGCCAUAAAGCGGUGGGACGGGCUGCCAGCCCAGCCCCUGACGGCGGCCCUCAGCGCCCCACGCUUCCCGCGUCCUCGCUCCCUCGCCAUGAGCUCCUAUUUUGUCAACUCGCUCUUCUCCAAGUACAAGCCCGGCGAUGCCCUCCGUCCCAACUAUUACGACUGCCGCUUCGGGCAGGACGUGAGCGGCCGCGCCGCCGUCGUUUACGGCGCCGGUGCGGCUCCGGGUUUCCAGCACCUGAACCAAGUGCAGGACUUCUACCACGCUGGGGGCGGCGGGGUCGGAGGAGGAGGAGGCGGAGGAGGCGGCGGCGCUGUCGGGGGAGGCGGCGGCGGGGCGCCCGGAGGGCCCCCGUCGGCACUCGCCGGAGCGCCCUUCCAGCAGGGCCCCUGCGCCGUGACCGCGUGCCACGGCGAGGCGCCCAAAUUUUACGGCUACGACUCCUUGCAGAGGGCGGCUGUUUUUACGGCGCAGCAAGAGGGCGGCCUGGUGCAAUACCCCGACUAUAAAUCGUCCGUCGGGAGCGUUGGCGAGGAGACGGAAGCGUCUCAUCUGAGCUACACGGCGGCGCAGAUGUUCCCGUGGAUGAGACCGCAAGGCCCUGGCCGUCGCAGGGGUCGCCAGACCUACUCGCGCUUCCAGACCCUCGAGCUGGAGAAGGAGUUCCUCUUCAACCCGUACCUGACGCGCAAGCGGCGCAUCGAGGUGUCGCACGCGCUGGGCCUCACCGAGCGCCAGGUCAAGAUCUGGUUCCAGAACCGGCGCAUGAAGUGGAAGAAGGAGAACAACAAAGACUCGUUCCCUGCCCCCAAGGAGGCUGGCGAGGAAGGAAGCACAAAGCAGCAGCAGCAGCAGCCGGAGGAGGCAACGGAGCCUGUUGAGAAGGCGGAGGUGGUCGCAGAAUGAUUCGGGAGGGGGGUCACCCGAAUUCCCCCCCCCCCCGACCCUCCUCACCUCCCCCCCUCUGGGUGUCCACUAGGGGUCAGACCCGCUCCCCCCUCGAUUCGCCCCUCUUAUUUGCACCUGAAUGAAGACUGAUGUUAUACAGUGUGUAGCGAGUUUCUGCGGGAAUGGCUCUUGAAACGUAGCCCUAAAAACACACACACGCAACCGUGUAUAAAUUAUAUAUUAUGGUGUAACAAUGAUUCCUCAGUCGCCCGGUUUGUAUGUUUGUUUGUUUGUUUUUGUCUUUCUGUUAUCAUGAAUAUCGUUGUGGAAGAGAGAGAGAGAUAAAAAAGGAAUAUUGGGAAAACAAUUUGUCGAUUAAAAUCCAAUGUUAGUUUCGAGUUCAUGUGUGCGCGUGUUGUUGCUGGCAUGGCUCUUCGUUAUUAUGCCCGGAAUGUGUUUCUGUGAUGCUGCUGCUGCUCAUAUCAGUGCGCGUUGACUUUGUUUGAGCGCGGACCGAAUAUCUUGCUCGCGACGGCCGCGUUCGAAGCAACUCCACUGCGUGCGUAGCAACUCGUCUGUCUGCGAGUAUCUGCUCGGCUGUGUUGACAUCCUGCUCGCCGGUGUUAAUACGCCCUCGGCUGUGUCGAUGGCGACUUUGCUUUGUUGCCACAUGAGCUUGGUCGUACCGCUUCGGCUGUAUUGAUCAACGGACUCGGGUGCUUGGAUUGCGACUUGGAUGGGUGGCUAUCAACUCGGCCCCUUGUUGAUAGCGGCUCAGCCGUGUCCUUAUCUUCUCCGCUCUGUUGAUAUUCGGCCGGGCUGUUGUUGCUUGGCUGUGUCGAGAGCGACUCGGCUACGUUGAUAUCUGCUCGGUGUAUGCGCGUGUGUUGAUGAUAUCUUCUCGGUUGUGCUGAUAAGUCACUCGGCUGUGCUGAUAAGCCACUUCGACUGGGUCGAUAAGCCACUCGGCCGCGUUGUUAGCGACUACCCCCUGCGGUGCUGAUGCCACUGACCCUCGUUCGGCCCGUUGCCUCCACGUGUCGCGUCCCGGGGACUCGGUACCCGGGUCGGCGUGUGAACGACAGUGAAUCGUUCCCACGCGUUCCCCAUCAUCUCAUUCCUGCGCCUCCUGCCGGAGUUUCUUUGUUGGUCGCGAGCAACGAGGGUGACGUCACGCCUCCGUGAUAUAUUUAUUUGAAACGAAAUGUUAUUUUUUUCUGUUUAAAGAAAACACGCCCGCGUGCGCGCAAACCCCACUACAACAUGAACUGCCUGUAAUGUCCAGUGUUGAUAUCGUAGUUAUUAUUGGGUGGUACAUAAUCGUGACCGAGGGUCGCAAGUGAUUUUUCGUUGUAAUCUGCUCUUCGUGCGUUAUUCUGGAAGGAACAAAAAAAAUGUAUAACUGUCGUGUGUUAGUUUGGUUAAAACUUUGUAGAAAUACUCGGCCGAAGGGUUUUUAACGAAUUAUUGUUGUAUAUGAGAGAUGUGGGGUUUAUUGUGAGUCGCAUUAACUGAUGUUUAGAACAUGUUACAAUAAAAAACACGAAACACUACAACGCAA